CGUGCCGAAGGACCACGUGAUCGUUUUCUUGUUCCUUGUUUUGCCGAUCGGUGCGGGCCCUCAAACUCACCAUCUGUGUCGCAUACCGUUGUCAAGCUUGUGCCCGGUCUGCCUUCCGUACUCAUUCUGGACCAAUACAUUAUUCUGUCUUCACACAUCUUACAGGACCUGUAAUUUCUUCUUGCUCGACUUGCCAGGAUGGCGGCGACGGGGACUCGGAAGGUGCCGUUGGCCGUAUAUGUGGUUGCGCUAUUCGCCCAUGGCGCUUUCGUCGCGCUUUCUGCUACCGUGCAGGUGGGAGAAAAAACCACCGCAACGCCGUCUCCUUCAUCUGUCUCCCCUCAGGACAUCGACCACCGCAACGCCUCGCUCAUCACGAGAACCCAGAAGCAGGCCUCAAAUUAUGCUACGAUCUCGACGUCGAACUACUGUGGCCACGUGGAUGGCGGCUACCCGUAUCGAUGCUUUCCAGGCACCGGCUCGUAUUCUACUUUCCAAGAGUGCCAGGAUCGUUGCACGGAACUGGCGUGGUGCAUCGGUUUCUCGCACGAGCCAGGCCAUUGUGCUUUCAUGUCUACGAUAAACCCUUGCCCUGCGUAUUCUCCCAACACCGGACACGUUGCAACCACUGUGUCGGAUCUGGUUCCCAGCAGUUACAAUGGAUAUAGUUGCUACGGGAAGGAGGCUGCCGCGACGCCUGCACCGACGCCAGCGACGCCAUCUCCGGCAUCUGCCGUAGGCGACCCACACUUGCAGAACAUCCACGGGGAGAGGUUCGACCUGAUGAAGCAGGGCAACUUCACGCUCAUUCAAAUUCCUCGUGGUGUGCCCGUGAAGGACAGCAUGCUCACCGUCGAGGCCUACGCUCGCCGUUUAGGCGCGUCCUGCGCUGAGUUAUACUUCCAGACCGUCAGCAUCACGGGCAAAUGGGCAAGAUCGGACAUUCAUUUCAGAGCCGGGGAUUCGCCCGACAAGCAGCCCAUGUGGUUGCACUUCGGACCGGUCGAGAUGAAGGUUGUCCAUGGACGCGCCGAGACGGGCCAGAAGUAUCUAAACAUCUUCGUCAAGCAUCUGGGGCGCGCAAGCGCCACUGUCGGAGGGCUUCUCGGAGAAGAUGACCACGCCGACGCGGCGACUCCGAACGCGCAGUGCCUCAAGACAGUAUCGCUUGCAAACCUAGCGACGCGGGGCACGUCCGAGCUCCAAUACGCCUCCGUGGCGAUCGCAGCUCUGUGAGUAUUUUGACAUGCCGGCUUCCUUGCCACUUCUACGUCGCCCAACAUGUCAUCGGAAUAUAUAUAUAUAUAUAUAGAUAUAUCCCGGGGGACGAGGCUCCAAGAACAGCCCAAGAGAGCUUUUUGUUCCCUGCUGCUGUCAUCGUGGAUGCCAUGGGCAGUUCUCAUAUUGAUGCCCCACAGUCGCAGUGCAUCUGCAGUGGGACCGUGUUUAGUCCGAGCGUGGCCUGGGCGUGUGCAUUGGUCAAUGCACCACAGAAGAGGUGGCGCUGCCAUUCCGGCUGACCAGCCGCGCCCGCCGUUUUGUUCCCUGCUGCUGUCAUCGUGGAUGCCAUGGGCAGUUCUCAUAUUGAUGCCCCACAGUUGCAGUGCAUCUGCAGUGGGACCGUGUUUCGUCCGAGCGUGGCCUGGGCGUGUGCAUUGGUCAAAACACCACAGAAGAGGUGGCGCUGCCAUUCCGGCUGACCAGCCGCGCCCGCCGUUUUGUUCCCUGCUGCUGUCAUCGUGGAUGCCAUGGGCAGUUCUCAUAUUGAUGCCCCACAGUUGCAGUGCAUCUGCAGUGGGGACCGUGUUUAGUCCGAGCGUGGCCUGGGCGUACACCGCACUCACAUCUAUACCCCUGUGUGGGUGUAUGUGCGGCCGUUUUUGCGCUGUCAUUCCGGUGUAUGCAUUGGUCAAAGCACCACAGAAGAGGUGGCGCUGCCAUUCUGGCUGACCAGCCGCGCCCGCCGCCGCGCAUCUCUGUUUCUCCAUGCCGAUGCCGUGAGACCGUUUCUCAUCAUGCCCUGGCGAACAUGAUCGACCCACGAACCCGGA